AUAAUAAAGAAAAAACAAGAGAUUGAGGAAGAAUUCAUCAGGAGAGUCUAUAAUUCUGAUUGUUUUCUUUCUCUUGAGCUCCGGAUUGUUGCUGUCUCCUUAUAUACUUCCUUGUUUGCUGGUUUUGAAGUUGUUGGUUUUUGCCUAUUGAAAAUGGCCGCCGCUUCAUCAUCGGCAGCUCCACCUCAGUUGAAGAAGAAGAGAAAUCAACCCGGAACACCAAAUCCAGAUGUGGAAGUGAUAGCACUGUCUCCCAAGUCUUUGAUGGCAACAAACAGAUUCAUUUGUGAAGUGUGCAACAAAGGGUUCCAAAGGGAGCAAAAUCUGCAGCUCCAUAGGAGAGGACACAAUCUGCCAUGGAAGCUGAAGCAGAAGACGAAUAAAGAAGUGAAGAAGAAGGUCUAUCUUUGCCCCGAACCCACUUGCGUCCACCACGAGCCGGCGAGGGCACUCGGCGACCUCACCGGCAUAAAGAAGCAUUACUCGAGAAAGCACGGCGAGAAGAAAUGGAAGUGCGACAAGUGCUCGAAGCGGUACGCCGUGCAAUCUGACUGGAAAGCUCAUUCGAAGACUUGCGGGACUAGGGAAUAUAGAUGCGACUGUGGCACCCUUUUCUCAAGACGUGAUAGUUUCAUCACUCAUCGGGCCUUUUGCGAUGCGCUGGCUCAAGGAACCACCAAUAACUUAGCCACAACGGGAACUCAUCAUCUCUUUGGAAGUAACCAUCAUCAAAUGAGCUUAGGAUUAUCCCAUCAUGUGCAAGCUCAGCAUCAAACAUCGAGUAAUAUUUUGCGGUUGGGAGGCGGCGGAGCCUCCAAUUUCGAGCACUUCAUCGGCUCCCCGUCGAAUCCUUCUUCGUUGCAAAACAUGCCCGUAUCGGCGUUCUUCAUGGCAGAUGCAGCGAACCAAGGUUUUCAUCAAGAUCAUCAAUCUCACCAUGGGAAUGGACCUUACAUGAACAAACCAUUUCAUGGUCUAAUGCAACUUCCGGACCUUCAAGGCAAUACUAACAAUCCGGGGGCCAAUCUUUUCAAUUUAGGCUUCUUCCCCAACAAUGAUGGCUCGGGUGAAAACGGCAGCGCGUCGGCCGCCAACUUAUCGAAUUCCGGGUUUUUAAGCGGUAACCAGUUUAACAUGGGUGGUCAGGUUGGUUCCGGGCUGUCGUCUCUUUACAGCACUAGUUCAAUGCAACAUGAGAACAUUUCUCCAAACAUGUCGGCAACCGCAUUGCUUCAAAAAGCUGCUCAAAUGGGUUCGACUACAAGCAACAACACUUCCUCAUUGCUAAGGGGAAUAGGGAGUUCUUCGUCGAGCGGGGUGAAAUCCGAUAGACAAGUUUUCGCCGCUAACUUCGGCGGCGGUGAAGGAGGAGAAACGGUGAGAUCACAGAUGGAUAACGACAACAACAAUCUUCAAGGACUACUGAACUCUCUUGCCAAGGGAAACUCCUCCAUUUUCGGUGCCGGUCAUGGACAAGAUCAAAGCAGCUUCGUCGGAGAAUUCACCGGAAGCGGGAUGCAAGUCGAUCGUCAUGUCAACAACACCAACUUCUCCAACGUUAAUGAAGCUAAUAAGUUCGCGGCAAGCAUCGGCGGCACUGACAAAUUAACAUUGGAUUUUCUGGGUGUAGGAGAAAUCGUGAGAAACAUCAGCGGCGCCGCCGGUCAACAUGGGAUCAAUAUCGGCUCUUUGAACCCAGACAUGAAGUCAUCAUCGGCUCAGCAAUUUGGUGGUGCAAAGCUUGUCUACGAGGGCAAGUAAAGCUUUUGUAGGGGUAAUAAGUAGCGGGAAAAACGAUAAGCUUAUGGUCUAUUUCUUCUCUGGAUUGAACUUCAUGAAUUAGGGUUUCCAUUUCUAAAACUAAAAGUGUUUAAAGGGUUAAUUUGGCUGAUUUUUGCCAUGAAACAAAUAUGGUAAGAAUUU